AUGGCUGAGGCGACACAUACCACUCUGGAUGAGCCUCCUGUAGACUCGUCCGUGACUUGGCAGAAUCACUCGGUAGAAAAGCAAGAUGGCGCCGAGGUUAGUGCCUCCAGCGAUGAUGGAGAGCUUAAGCGCCAAUUUCCUUCCGGCCUUACGGUCACUUUUAUCCUAACAUCAGUUACUCUUGCUUACUUCCUACUCUUCCUUGACCUUGCUGUCAUUUCAACGGCAACGCCGGCCAUUACCUCCCAGUUUGACUCCUUGGUGGAUGUCGGUUGGUAUGGCGGCGCCUACCAGCUUGGAAGUGCAUCAUUUCAGCCCUUGAGCGGCAAGAUUUACAGCCGGUUUUCCAUCAAGUGGACCUUUCUUGCCUUCUUCGUGAUCUUCGAACUUGGGUCUGCCAUCUGCGGAGCAGCUAAUUCGUCGGCCAUGUUCAUCGGCGGCCGUCUUAUCGCAGGUAUUGGAUCUGCUGGAUUGUCCAAUGGCGCAAUGACAACCAUUUCCGCCAUCCUCCCAACACAGAAACAGGCGCUUUUCAUGGGACUCAAUAUGGGCAUGGGACAGUUGGGCCUUGCGACGGGACCCAUCAUUGGAGGCGCGUUUACCACAAAUGUAUCCUGGCGAUGGUGCUUUUAUAUCAACCUCCCUUUGGGUGUUAUAAUCGGUGGAUUUCUUCUCUUCAACACAAUUCCCGAACCGAAACCUAAGGAUCCGCCUCUGCAGGUUCUUGGCUCUGCCAUCAAGUCUUUAGAUCUCCCAGGAUUCAUGCUAAUUUGUCCGGCGGUCGUCAUGUUCCUCUUGGGGCUCCAAUUUGGCGGUAAUGAAUAUGCCUGGGACAGUUCAGUUGUGAUAGGCUUGCUGGUCGGUGCGGGUGCUACAUUUGUUGUCUUCCUUGUCUGGGAGUGGCGUCAAGGGGACAAUGCCAUGGUGCCACUUGCCAUGCUCAAACACCGAGUUAUUUGGUCGGCUGCAAUGACAAUGUUCUUCGCCUUGUCCAGUGUUCUUGUGGCUGAUUUCUACAUUGCAAUUUAUUUCCAAGCAAUCCAAGACGAUACGCCUCUGAUGAGCGGUGUUCACAUGCUCCCAAUCACCAUCGGUAUCGUUUUAUUUACUAUGGUCUCGGGCACCCUGAUUUCCGUUCUGGGCUACUAUCUCCCAUUUCUUCUUGUCGGGGGUGUAAUAUCAUCUGUUGGCUACGGAUUAUUGUCGACAUUGAGUCCUACGACUCCAGCUGCAAAAUGGAUUGGGUACCAAGUUCUCUACGGUGCUGGAAGUGGCAGCACGACUGCGGCCCCCUACAUCGCUAUACAAAACCUCGUGGCCCCAGAGCAGAUUCCCCUUGCCAUGGCCAUUAUAAUCUUCUGCCAAAACAUGGGUGCUGCUAUCUCUCUGAUCGCUGCAAACGCCAUCUUCAGCAACAGCCUUCGUUCGGAGCUUCAAAAACGUGCUGCACAAAUUAGCGUUUCUUCAGACGCCAUAAUCGAAGCUGGAGUUCGCUCCAUCCGUAGCCUGGUGCCAGGCUCCGAGCUUCCCGCUGUGCUCGCUGCCUACUCUAAAAGCAUCGACAAAGUCAUGUACCUCGGUAUUGCUGUCAGCGUCGCCGUCUUGCUAUUCUCUCCGGGACUUGGAUGGAAGGACAUUCGGAAGGUCAAAGAGCUCCAGAUCAUCACUGACACUCCUAAGAGCGAUGAUAAAGACCCAGCAAUAAUUGACGAAAAGUAG